UACAGAUUUGGUUGCUAUUUGAAACAAUGACGACGACGAUGAUCUCCAAUCUUCCAAGGGAUUUGAUGGAGGAGAUUCUUAAUAGGCUUCCCAUGGAAUCUCUGAAAGCUGUGAAAUUAACAUGCAAAAGUUGGAACAAUCUAUCCCAAAGUGAGAGCUUUAAGAAGAUGCACAUUGGUAAAUUAACAAGAAAAGGGGAGUCAAUGAUGAUCGUGGUGCAGCCUCACAACAUUUAUUUAAUGAGCGGCGUGGUUGACGUUGAUACAUGUAUACAGGUCAAAGGUAAACUUAGUUUCCUUAACAAUCAAGUCAGUAUAUCCCGAAUUCACCACUAUGAGGGUUUAUUGUUAUGCUUCUUGAAAGACGUUAGUAGGAUUGUGGUUUGGAAUCCGUAUUGGGGCCAAACAAGGUGGAUCAAACUCAGAUCUUUUGAUUACCGUUUCAAUUAUACUCUCGGAUACGAGGAUAAGGAAUCUUGUCCUAGCCUUAAAUUGUUGAGGUUUGUAGAUUAUUUUCACUACAGAGAUCCCGAAGAGCAAUUUUUUUGGUACGAGAUGUACGAUUUUGAUUCUGGUUUGUGGACAACCCUUGACGUCGCUCCACACUGGGGAAUAUAUUGUUCAAGCAGUAGCGUUUCUCUUAAGGGAAACAGUUACUGGUGUGCUACAGAAAGGAGCUCAGAAGGUUGCAAGGAUCGCAUAAUCUGUUUUGAUUUUACAAAAGAAAGAUUUGGGCCGCUUCUGCCUCUGCCAUCAUGCGUUAGGGAUCGUCAAUAUGCAUAUGUACAUUUAUCUUGUGUUAAAGAAGAGAAGAUUGCAGCUUUAUUUUACCACCACUAUGAUUUUGAGUUUGAGAUAUGGAUUACAACUAAGAUCGAGGCCGAAACGGUGUCGUGGAGCAAGUUCUUGCGAAUUGAUUCGGAGCUUGGGAUAAAUUCUCCAGACUGUUUCUUCAUUGACGAGGAGAAGAAAGGCUUCAUGUGUGUUGGUAGAUACUAUGGCUAUGACUCUGAGCCUGGAGAAUGUCCCAAACCAUUUAUUAAGAUCAUUGGAGAGGCUGGAUACUCAAAAGAUUUUGAUCUCGGAGUACCUGCAUACAAAAACAGUUGGCUAGAUAAUGUGUGCUCUUAUGUUCCAAGUUUGGUCCAGAUCAAGAAACUGGCACGAGGCAAAAGGAUAUAA